GGGACGGAGGGAGUAAAUAAAACACCCAAAAUAUCUCUUCUUAAACCAUUAACUUAGCUCGAUCUCUUAGCUUCAUUCCUCCAUCUACAACACUUGCAUUUUCAACCAAAAACACCAAAAAAUAAAUAAAAUGGAAGCCAAAAACUCGAAUAAUAAAAAGCAUCAUGCAAUAAUUUUCCCUUUACAACUUCAAGGCCACAUAAAUCCAGCAGUCAAUUUCUCUUUCAAACUUGCUUCCUCAAAAAACUUCACUAUCACUUUCUUAACCUAUGAUUUCCUUCACCAACAAAUCACCCAAGCACGUCCUGCCCUAGAGUCCCAUGACGAUAUUUUUACUCGAGCUCGUAAUGGGCCUAAUGGGCUUGAUAUCCGGUACCGGGCAAUAUCUGAUGGGUUACCCUUGGAGUUUGAUAGGACGGGUAAACUCGAUGAGUAUGUACGGUGGUACUUGAAUGGUGGUAUGUUUGACCAGGUGAGUAAGGCAGUUGAGGAGAUUGUGGUGAAUUCAAGUCCCAAAGUUGAUGUGUUAAUUAUUGACACAUUUUAUCCAUGGGCCUCCAAAAUUGCUAAGAGGUUUGGGCUUCGGUUAGCGUCGUUUUGGACUGAGCCUGCUUUGGUCUUCAACCUUUAUCAUCAUGUUCAUUUACUUAAGCAGCAUGGCCACUUUGAUUGCCCUGAUACCCGGAAGGAUCCAAUUGAUUACAUACCAGGAGUAAAAUCAAUUAAGCCACAUGACUUGAUGUCAUAUCUCCAAGACAAAGACGUCUCAACAAACAUGCAUAAGCUUAUUUUUCAGGCAUACCAAGAUGUUAGAUCAGCAGAUUAUGUACUUUGUAACACCGUCCAAGAGCUUGAAUCAGACACCAUCUUAGCCUUACAAGCUCGUAUGCCAUUUUACGCGGUUGGACCUAUUUUCCCACCCGACUCACCGGAAAACGUCAUGCCCACAAGUCUAUGGGCUGAGUCCAAUUGUUCAGAGUUUUUAAGGCCCAAGCCCAAUGGUUCAGUUUUAUAUGUUUCAUUUGGUAGCCUUGCUAGUUUCACUAAACAAGAUGUUAUGGAGAUUGCUUAUGGUCUUAUUGAAAGCAAUGUUGAUUUUGUUUGGGUGCUUCGCCCUCGUACCGUGCUUAAUGAAGAUGAUCGUUUGUUGCCCGUUGGAUUCGAACAAGUCAUUCGUGGACGUGGGAUUGUUGUUCCUUGGACUAAUCAGAUCGCGGUUUUAUCCCAUCCUGCCAUUGGUGGAUUCCUAACACAUUGUGGGUGGAACUCUGUGUUAGAAAGUAUAUGGUACAGAAUUCCAAUGCUGUGUUUUCCAGUGUUUACUGAUCAAUUCACUAAUCGGAAAUUAGUGGUUGAUGAUUGGAAAGUUGGGAUUAAUUUCAGCUAUGAAGUAUGCUUAAGAAGGAUGGAAAUCGCGGCACAAGUUAAGAGAUUUAUGAGUACAGGAACAAGAGAUGAACUGAGGGCAAACAUUGAUGUUGUAAGGAAAAUAUUAGGAAAUGCAUUAGAAGCAGAUGGAUCUUCAAGCAGAAAUAUAGACCUAUUUGUUAAACAAUUGAUUUAGAUAUAUUUAGUUUAGUAGAAUCUCAAACUGUUGGCUAAUCUCUAUGUAUCCUUGAUUCCUUGUGUUUCUUUAGAUGAUUUUAAAUAAAACUAAAAUAUUCCACUUUGGAAGGAGGGGUGGAUGGGAUUUGAA